CUUAACAACUAAAACGACUACGAAAACUCUGUGAAUAAAUUAUAUUAGUGAUAUUUUAUUUUUUCAACGUAUAUUUAACCUCAAUCUAUUGACAUGCAGGGAACCAAUGUUUUUAAUUUUAAAAGAAGUGUAAUGGAGAAAAUAGUACAACCAGGGCCGUCCUGUGAAAAUUUGGAGUGUGCUUUUCAGUUAGGGAGAUUACGCAUACAUUGGAAAGACAACUACAAUAUGGAAAUUGACAUGAUGGAUGGUGCUGACGGAGGCAUCAUGCAAGGUUCGAUGAAAUAUUUCUUGGUGAGAACUGUGUAAACCGAUGAAGAUUACAAAGAGAAUACUUUCUACACCUGUGUCCCAACCACAUGGAUAUCUAAAUGCAAGCAGUUGAUGUUGUAUCCACCAGUGGGGCUCCAUUGUGUUAGUGGCGUAAACAUUGAACUUCCAAAAUGGAGAAGCAAUGUGUUUAAAAGGUUCCGUUUCCCCACUCCCGAUUGGCUUGAAUACGAUAUUGUACACAUCCACAACCUUCACAAAACAGGAAGUCACGGCCGAGUUCAUAAAUCAGCCGCUGCUGCCAUGAAAGGCUCAAAAAAUUUUGAAGAUAUCUUGAAAUCCGACAACGACGUUUCUUUAGGAAGAGGGGCUCACCAAAAAAUUAAGAAAAAUUUCGACAUUCCAGAAGCUAAUGAUAAACCAAAAAAGAAGAAAAAGACUGAUGGAACAGAAAAUGAAACAAGUUUGUCAAUAAAUAGGACGAUGGAUCCUAUGUCGAGGAAGGUUGUUCCAGAAAAUCAGAAUGCUGAAAUUGUCUGUGCUAGUUACAAUGCCGUACAUGCCCAUGACAUUACGAUUGAUAAAGAAGCAAUGGGCAAUCACGACGCAGUUUUCCCUUUGCUAGAAGAAGACUGGAAUUUGGAAAAUAGUGAUUACCGAGGCCGCAGUGCUACUCCUGUUGACCCAACUGAUUGGGUGGGCCCGAUUAGUCCACGACAAAACGACACACUCCUGGAUAUGGAUACUCUAAAGCUAAUCGCAUCUGAUUCCGUUCAACAAGGCACCACUGAUCGUACACUUAUGCUAUGUGUGCUAGAAUGCUUACAACGGAUUGCAGGAAUGCAAAAAACAAUGGAUGGCAUAGAAACAAAGUUGUCUGAAAAGUUCCAGUCGAUUAUUGAGAAGAUGUGUGAGCUUGAGAACAAAAUUAAAGAGGGGCGAAAUUUAGACGUCUUUAAGAUGGCCAAAGAAGAUUUCAGUCACCAUAAAUGUGUAGUAGAGUCCCACUUAAAGGAGUUGCCAGUAAAGUCAUCACCUGCCAUGGAGGCUUUAAAUAUUACUUUGCGGGAUGAGAAGCUCUCCGUUAGCCUGGUAACUAGCAUACGUUACAAAAAUAUUAUACGUCAAAAUCUAACGAUCCAUUGACGAAUUUCAGGUUUUUUUAUUCAUACAAAAAUUUCAAACAGAAAAGACAGUUAACUAAUUUCUAAGGCUAAUGUUUUCCUACUUAAUUGCUGAUUCAACUAGCAAUUCAAUGCAAUGGAAAAUGUGCCCAAGGGGAAAAGACGGUCGACCUGGAUUAGCUGGAUUGUAUCACCUCCUGGCAGUUUUUUUAGGUUUUUCCGAUCUUAAAUUGUAUGCCGUGUGUUUUAAACCAAUUAUUGGUUUUGUUUAGUUUCUGUUAGCCA